AUGGACGCAAAUGAGUUCAGAAAAGCAGCCCAUGCGGCAAUAGAAGAGAUCAUCGCAUAUAACGAGAACAUCGAAAAAUAUCCAGUCCUCCCAACCAUCAAGCCUGGCUUCCUGGCACCACAACUCCCGACUUCAGCGCCCGAGCAGCCACAACCAUGGUCAUCAAUCCAACCAGACAUCGCCUCAAAAAUUGUGCCGGGCCUCACUCACUGGCAAUCACCCAACUUCAUGGCUUUCUUCCCCGCGGGUGUGACAUAUCCCAGCAUGUUGGGUGAGAUGUACUCGGCGGCCUUUACGGCCCCCGCUUUCAACUGGUUGUGCUCGCCAGCAUGCACGGAACUGGAAACGGUGGUGAUGGACUGGCUCGCCCAGGCUUUUGACUUGCCCAAAGAAUUCCUUAGCACUAGCGCCAACGGUGGUGGUGGGACGAUACAAGGCUCUGCGUCUGAGGCGAUUGUGACUUGUAUGGUUGCAGCCCGUGAGCGGUAUUUACAUGCCAAGUGUGACGCUGAAGGCCUUGCGCCGGAAUCGAAGGAAAGGGAAGAUCGCAUCACCUCUCUCCGUCCCCGACUUGUGGCUUUAAGUUCCGAUCAAGCGCAUAGCUCGACGCAAAAGGGUGCUCUGAUAGCUGGAACGCGAUAUCGAUCGAUCCCCACGAAAUUAGAGAAUGAUCUGUCCUUGGCGACAUCGGACCUUGAGGCCACACUCAAGCAGUGUGAGGAGGACGGAUUGGAACCUUACUACAUCACAUUGACGCUCGGCACGACGUCGACUUGCGCAGUCGAUGACUUCGCAGCGCUCAAAGAGGUCCUGAGGAAGGCUCAUCCUAAUGUCUGGGUCCACGUGGAUGCUGCAUACGCCGGUGCAGCACUUGUAUGUCCCGAGUUCUCAUCCCAGUACUCAGCGUCCAUGAUCAAUGUGGACUCGUUCAACAUGAACAUGCAUAAAUGGCUGCUCGUCAACUUCGACGCAUCAUGCCUGUUCGUCCAGAACCGAAACCACUUAACCCGAGCCCUGUCCAUCUCAGCAGCAUAUUACGUCAACAAGCACAGCGACAGCGGCCUUGUGACAGACUACCGCGACUGGCAGAUCCCACUUGGCAGACGAUUCCGCGCCCUCAAGAUAUGGUUCGUGAUGCGCAGCUAUGGCAUCACCGGGCUUCAGGCACAUAUCCGCAAGAGCGUGGCAAUCGGUGAGGUUUUCGCGGACCUGGUGCGCUCGCGAAGUGAUCUCUUCGAGAUUGUCGCUCCACCACGGUUCGCCUUGACUACCUUCCGGGUCAAACCUGACGUCGUGGCCGCAGCGCUAGAGGGCGUGGACAGCACGAGCAAUACAGGAGGAGACUUCGCACCGGUCGCAUCGGCGGCGCAACAGAGGGAGCAGCACGCGAAUGAAAUCACGACAUCAAUUGGCGAUUUGAUCAACGAGCGGGGCGAGAUCUUCUUGACCUGCUCGAGUACAGCGGGCAAGUCGUUCAUUCGGGUCGUCAGUGGCAAUCCGAAUGCUGAGGAGAAGAAUAUAAGGGCGGCUUUUGAUAUUAUCGUGCGGACAACAGAGGAAGUCCUUGCAAAUAAGAGGAGCGGAAAGACCAAGCUGGUCCAGAAUGGGCAUGCGAAAUAA